AUGGCACGCAAACGAGAUUUAGAGGCAACAACGACUGAUCAUACCGAUACCACACUCAACGAAGCCAAUCCCAGCAAAAAACGCAAACACAACAAUCUCGAUUCAACUGUUUUGAAGACCAAAAAGAAGCACAAAAAGCAUAAAGAGCACAAACACAAGAAGGACAAAGAACGCAAGAAGGAGCACAAGAAGGAGCACAAGAAAGAACACAAAAAGAAGAAUAAGAAGGAAAAGAAGAAGAAAAAGAGCAAAUCGAGCGAGAAAGAUGUUACCUACAACAAAGUCGAGACGUCAACGACAACCAGAGGCACCACGACGGCAACCAAAUCAUCAUCAUCAACAAAAAAAGAUCGUCCCAAGGCUAAGCUUUUCAACAGUCGUCUUCGACAUAUCCCGACUCGUGAUUCUGAUGAUGAGAACGUGGAUAAAGUAUCGCUAUACAGAACGAGAAUUAUCGCCGAGAUUCCCAAGGUUCAGCGUGACUUUUUCAUUUCAGACUCGGAUUCUGACUCUGACGAAGAUACCGAAUUGAACAUCGGCGUUGAACCAGAAUUGGAAUGGCAUAAGCGUUACCUUGGCAUAACAGAGGUCAGGGAGAAACGGCUUGAAUGGACGACAGUGGAGAAUGGCAUCUGGAAUGUGCAGGAACGAAUUCGACUAGAAAAACGGGUGAAGAGAGUCUCAAGGAGCAUGGGUAUGGAUCUGAAAGCCUUUCGAGAGCACGUGCUUUUUGAGCGACCUAGCGAGCAUUUAAAGAUGUGGUGGGAGAUAGCAAAACCGUUUCCUAAACGAGAUUUGAAUGCAAUUGUGGACAAAGUACGCACAGCGUAUGCUGCCAACAAGUAUGCUGGAAGGUGGACCAAAGAGGAAGAUGAAAAAUUAAGGGAGUUGAUGAGGGACGGAGAACGUUAUUCAAGCAUGGUAGCCCAUUUUCCCAAACGUGAUCGAAGCGCUAUCCAAUUCAGGUGGUAUCAAUUGGAGACCCAAGAUCAAGCAGCUGCAAAUCUCGUGAAAAGCGGCAGAUGGUCGGAUGAUGAAGUAAAGCAGCUUUAUAAUGCUGUGAAGAAGUAUGAAAUGGAGCACCCUGAUAAGCGGAUCGAUUGGAAAGUUAUAGCGGCAGAGCUCGGUGGAAUGCGAUCAGUAACUCAAUUGCGUCACAAGUGGGGUAAAGUGUGUGAAAUGCUGGAGAAAUCUCAGGGAAAUAUAAAGUCUCAGCCGUUUACUAUCAAAGAUAAACUCGAUCUCUUUGAAAGAAUGCAAGCCAAAGGCUGGAAGAAAGAGGAGGAUAUCAAAUUCGUUGAGCUUGCAACAGCAAAAAUGACGAAGUUGCAAGCAAGAGGUAUUUAUCUCGCUAACCGGUUGUCGAUACCAGGGUUUAAAACGCUUCCUUAUCCAGAAAUCAUUUCGAAGCUAGUUGAAACGAGGCGAGCCAUGGUUGCAAGCAUGGAAGAAUAA